GGUAGCCGGCUGGGGGAGGGGGUGUCGGCGCGCCGCGGAGUGCUUCGCUCAGAGAGCCUGGCACCCGGAGCAGCCGCCUCCCCCUCCCCCUGCCAAGACAGCUAGAAACCCCUUCUCUUCCAUCCUCCCGGGGCUCGGGCGAGGAGGGCUGAGCUGCCCCAGGCAGGCGGGGCGGAGCCCGGAGCCCCACCAGCGCUGCGGAGCGAACCUCACCUCCCUCCCUUCCAGGGCUCAAGUGUGAGUGACUGCCUCAUGCUGUGUUGAUGCUGGUCUGCCAUGCUAGCCUGUCUACCAGGGCCAGGCGACCUGCCCUUUCAGCUUCUUUCUCACACGCAGAUGAACACUGGACUUCAGAAAUGGGACACUACACAGAAAAUGAGAACUGCUCACUAUCCUACCCCAGCCGAAUUGGACGCGUAUGCUAAGAAGGUCGCAAACAACCCACUGACUAUAAAAAUCUUCCCCAACAGUGUGAAGGUUCCCCAGCGGAAACACGUUCGUCGUACUGUGAACGGCCUCGACACAUCAGCCCAGCGCUACAGCCCCUACCCGACUCAGGCUGCCACCAAGGCAGGCCUGCUUGCCAUUGUCAAAGUGCCAGCCAAAAGCAUACUCAAGGACUUUGACGGCACCCGAGCCCGGUUGCUCCCUGAGGCCAUCAUGAACCCCCCAGUGGCGCCCUAUGCUACUGUGGCACCCAGCACUUUAGCCCACCCCCAGGCCCAGGCUCUGGCCCGCCAGCAGGCCCUGCAGCACGCACAGACCCUGGCCCAUGCCCCUCCCCAGACGCUGCAGCACCCUCAGGGUAUCCCGCCACCCCCAGCGCUGUCCCACCCUCAGAGCCUCCAGCAGCCUCAGGGCCUGGGCCACCCUCAGCCCAUGGCCCCAACCCAGGGCUUGGUCCACUCUCAGGCCCUGUCUCACCAGGGUCUCCAGCACCUCCCCACCCCCUUGCUGCACGGAGGCCGGAAGAUGCCAGACUCAGACGCCCCCCCGAAUGUGACCGUGUCUACCUCAACUAUCCCCCUUUCCAUGGCGGCCACCCUGCAGCACAGCCAGCCCCCGGACCUGAGCAGCAUCGUGCACCAGAUCAACCAGUUUUGCCAGACGAGGGCGGGCAUCAGCACUACCUCAGUGUGUGAGGGCCAGAUCGCCAACCCCAGUCCCAUUAGUCGCAGUCUGCUCAUCAAUGCAAGCACUCGGGUGUCGACCCACGGCGUCCCCACACCAAUGCCUUCCUGUGUGGUCAAUCCCAUGGAGCACACCCACGCGGCCACGGCCGCAUUGCCCGCUGCAGGCCCUGUCAACCUGCCCACGGGCAUCUCUCGAGCCCCCACUGGCUACCCUAGCGACCUCAAGCCAGUCGCCUGGAACCAGCACCAGCUGGCCCACCUACAGCAGAUGUGCAGUGAGGCCGGCGGGACGCCGGCCCCUGGCCUGACAGGCAAGCAUGCGGCAGGACGCGAGUUAGCGGGGCCUGGCUUUGUGGGCAAGGCCCCUGCCUACCCGCAGGAACUCUGCCUGGCGCAGGCUUUCCAUCUGAAGCCACCCCUGGAGAAGCCAACCCCGUCCCCACCAGUCAACGGCCUGGCAGCCCCACUGGCCUACCCCAAUGGUCACUACUUCCAGCCCCUGUGGAACAACAUUCUGCCCACUCCCAAUAGCGACAGCUCGGGGUCUCAGGACCUCGCCAUGCCAUUCCACAGUGGGCAGCCUGCGGGCGCACCCCUCGACUGCGCAGCAGCGGCGGCUGGGGCCCACUACCGGGCAGGGACCGGGGGCGGUCCGGUGGCAAGCCAGAACAGCCUGGUGCAGACAGUGGAUUACCUAAGCGGGGAUUUCCCGCAGGCCUGCUUCCGAGACCAGAGCCUGGCCAUGCUGAGCAAGGCCCACCGAGCCCCUGGCAGCCGAGCCCCUGAUCCCACAGAUAGUCGAAAUCUUCAUAUUCAGCACCCUGGGUAUAGAUAGGUAGCCCUGGUGCCCUCCACAAGCUACGCAUCAUACGUCACCCUCCUAGGUUUAGUCUUACUUUUGAGUAAUUGGAUAGUUUCAGAGUUUCACUGCUCCAACGUGAUCAUUCUUAGAUAUGUAAGAAAGGGAGUUUAGUGGGAUCUAAUUGAGGACAGAGGGGUAUCCUCCUUGCUCUCAUCUUCCCCUCUACCAGCCCCAGCAACUUUUGGGUUUAUGUUGGGACCUCAUCCCAACUUCAGGUUUUCUCUCCAAUGCCUGCCUAUCAGUGCAGUUCUUCCCCCCCACCCCCGACCGUUUCCCACCAGCCCCCUUUUGUCUCUUCCUGCACCUCUCACUGUUUCUCUAUGGACUGAGGUGUGGGCUAAGGGAAGGGGCCCCCUAGGUCAGGUAGCUGUCGGUGCCCAGCCACCUAAGCUAGGUCUCUCCCCUGUCUGUCUCUCUCUCUCUGGGACUAAGAAGCCAGACCUCCCAAGUGCUCUGAAAGCCAAUUCCUUGUUUACCCAAAGACCUCAAAUCAAAACUGGCCCAGUCUGCAUCUCCUCCCAGCCCCUCUCCUUUCCUCAAGGCUUUUGUUUUCAUCUGCAUUGAUCCCAGAGCCACUGCACCUGUCCUUGCCACACACCUCAAGGGCAUCCUGCACGCACAUGACCAUAGCCUUGAGACCAAGGGGAAAAAAAACCUGUGUUUGGAUUGGUACCUUGGUUCCUGACUCCCUUUCCCUGCCUAGAGAAAUGCCAAGACCAUCCAGCACACCCAAGAUCUUUCUCCCUGCUGUCUCUCUCCUAAGUCAUCUGCUGCCCUCAUCCCCCACUCCCCCC